AUGUCCAACUCCAAAUCCAAACACAUCGUCUUCGACGUCGUCGGAACCUGCGUCUCCUUCGACGCCUUCUUCUCCAAAAUCGACACCACAAUCGGACCCCUCCUCCGCUCCCACUCCAUCACCCCCCAAUUCUUCGGCUACUCCUGGAUGACCGCCUCCGAGCUAGAAUUCACCUUCCUCUCCCUCUCAGAACGCUACAAGCCCUACAAAGGCAUCCUGGGCGCCGUCUUCUACCGCACGCUCUCUUUCGCUGGGAUCCCCAACGCGCGGGCACUCAUCAGUGAAGAACAACGCGAUGCUUGUAUUCAGAGUUACUCUGAGCUGACUCUCCGGGACGGCGUGAAAGAGUGUUUUGAGACGCUUAGAAAGGGGGGAUUCACAGUCUGGCUCCUGACGACGGCGGACAUCCCGCGGGUGCAGGGGUAUUUUGAGAAGGGCGGGAUGGAGAUGCCAAAAGAGAAUUUCAUUAGUUGUGAUAGUAUUGGGGUUGCGAAGCCGGCGUUGGAUGCGUAUCGGCCGGCGCUGGCGAGGUUUGCGGACGGCGAUGAGAAGUGGUUUGCUGCGGCGCAUAUGUGGGAUGUGAGUGCGGCUGUCAAGGUGGGGUUCCGGGGCGCGUAUUGUACGGUUUAUGAGAAGGAUGCUUGUGAGGAGAUUUUUGAUGAGAGGAUGGAUGUUGUUGCUGAUGGGUUGGUGGAGAUGGCGGAGAAGAUUGUUGGGUUGGCGGCUUGA